AACAUGCUAAUGUUACGAUUUCCUUGUUUAUAAAUUCAAAUUUCUCGAAUCUCAUUAACUGUACACAAAUGUACACAAUAAAUGUUUUCUCCGGAACUUUUUUCGACAUGUCCCGUUUGUUCUUUUAUGGUGAAUCGUCCUGGGACACCGGGCUAAUUCGGUUUUCGCUAUUUAACAUGAAAGGGGCCCUCUUUAUCUCUCUCCCUUUUAUCCCUCUCGCUCUUUUUUCCCCCGUCCGCGGGGAGAGAGGAGCGGACAGCCUCGAGUGUCGAACCAGAGAGCAUCGGCUGCACCUGGCAUCCCCGGAGCGCAUGCCCUCCCGCCGGGGCCGGAGGAUCGAUCUGGCAGUUUGGAUACGAACCGUUGGCAAUGAACAUCGAAGGGAUUAAGGAACGGUUGAAGCCGGGCUUGUUCACGACAGGAGAUACGAAGAAAGACUGCCUGAACCUAUUCGGGAAACUUAUUAGGACGAAAGACAUAGAAUGCCUCCAGGAGGAAGAGGGAGCCGAGAGAAAGCCCGGCAAGGGACGGCUCAGGAAAUGUUUGACAACCCUCGACCUGACCUCGCUGGGCGUUGGUUCUUGUGUCGCGACGGGGAUGUACCUCGUGGCCGGUAUGGUCGCCAAGAACUUCGCCGGCCCGGGGGUCGUCAUAUCAUUCAUCAUAGCUGCCCUGGCUUCUCUCUUUUCCGGAGCGUGUUAUGCCGAGUUCGGGGUGAGGGUGCCUAAGACGACCGGCUCAGCGUACAUGUACUCGUACGUGACAGUCGGCGAAGGGGUGGCGUUCGUCAUCGGUUGGAAUAUGGUACUCGAGUACCUGAUCGGUACCGCGGCCUGCGCCUCGGCCCUCUCAGCCUGUUUCAACACGAUAUCAGGCGGUGCCAUUACUGACGCCCUCAAGAGCUACCUUGGCACGAUCAUCGGGACGGAUCGGCCGCCCGACGUCAUCGCGUUCGCCAUCACGCUGGGGAUGAUGCUUGUGAUAGCGGCCGGCGUCAAAAAGUCCCUCGUUUUCAACAACAUCCUCAACGUGCUCAACCUGGCCGCCUGGGUCUUCAUGAUGGGCGCCGGUCUUUUCUACGUCGACACGAACAACUGGACCCAGCACAAGGGGUUUCUACCAAUGGGAUGGAGCGGCGUGUUUUCAGGAGCUGCGACGUGCUUCUACGCCUUCAUCGGGUUCGACAUCAUAGCGACUACAGGCGAAGAGGCGAACAACCCGAAGAAAUCCAUCCCACUCGCCAUAGUCUCCAGCCUUAUCAUCAUACUCAUAGCAUACGUCAGCUCUUCCCUUAUGCUCACCCUCAUCAUACCUUACGACGAGAUAUCGGCAGAGUCCGGCCUCGUGGCCAUGUUCGGCCAGGUCGGGGCCAACAGGUGCAAGUGCAUCGUCGCGGCCGGGGGUGUCGCAGGUCUCACCGUAUCCAUGUUCGGCUCCAUGUUCCCGAUGCCGAGGAUCGUCUACGCCAUGGCCCACGACGGUCUCAUUUUCAGGCCGUUGGCUCAGGUCUUCCCUGGAACAGGAACACCGGUUCUCGCGACUUUUAUUUGCGGUUCAGCAGCCGCAGUCGCCGCAAUGAUAAUUAGCCUCGACGUCCUUGUCGAGAUGAUGUCGAUCGGCACCCUUCUAGCUUACACUCUCGUGUCGACGUGCGUCCUCAUCCUCAGAUACCAGCCUCACACGACCAACCUGAUGGAGCUCCUCCCCGAGUCCCUGAGGACACCUCUGAAAGGCUCCCCGACGAAGGAGCCGCCGUCCAUCGCCAACGGGCAGGCGUAUCAAACUGGGGCUCAUCUCCGCCCUGACCACCUGAGGACGGCGUUGGAGCAGCAGGUCCACCAGCCGCAGCGCGUCAUGGUGAGAAGGGUGACGCGCAGCUCUCCCGAUUCAGACGACACCGUGACUGAAGAAGGGGACGAGGGCAUGCGCGACGACCAGUUUCUAGUCUCGGACGCGAGCGAGGCAAAGUUCUACGGGACGGUUCACGGAGGAACCACCACCGGAAGUGUAGCCGGCGCUGCAGGACCGACCCUGUCUCACAUAGCCAGGAAGAUCCAGGCCGCGACCUACCUCUGUCCAGCCAUAUUCCCCUGGGUGGACACAGGACCUGCGACUGAAGAAUCGGGCCUCAUGGUCAUGAAGCUCGUCGGCCUCCUUUACCUCCUCAUCCUCCUUUUCGACCUUACCAUCGUCUGCGGGAUGGACAGCGAUUCCGUUAUCGUCACUCUGCUCGUCUGCACGCUUCUUCCAGCCAUCAUAGCUGUCCUCCUCCUCAUAUCAAGAAAACCUCAAAACAGAAAAACACUCGUAUUCAUGACGCCCGGCCUGCCUUUCGUCCCGGCCAUAGCAGUCAUGGUGAACAUCUACCUUAUAUUCAAACUUUCCAUCCUGACGCUAGUCAGGUUCACCGUAUGGAUGACCUUAGGUAUCUUGGUCUAUUUCUAUUACGGGAUCAAGCACAGCAGCUUGGAGCCGAAUUCGCAAGGUGGUGAUGGAGAAGCGGGCGAUAUGGAGAUGUCGACUGCCGUACCUCAAGACUGGGCGUCGCCUCAGCCGCCUCUCAGGGCUCCAGAUCCUCCUCCUCAGGUCCAGCCACAGUCGACGGGUCUCUUCCUACCCACUGGACAGUUUCCAACGUGGGAUGACUAAAGAUAACCACAAAAAAAUUCCUAAAAAAAUAUAAGGUAACGAGGGGAUUAGGUUUUUUAUGUUCCUGGUUUUUAUUGAUCGCCGAACUUGAUGAUUUCUUUUAUCAUUGCAAUGUUAAAAUGUUAAUGUGAGCAAAAUGACUGGGCACAAAUAUAAAAUUCCAGCUUCCUGAUACGACAAGGAGAAGAAGGAGCUCCUGUCACCCAUCGUGAUAAGCCCAAUAUCCUAUCGUUUCUUGAUUUUUUCACCUUGAAAUGAAUAUUACCUAUGUUUUAAGUAAAAAGAUUCGAUUAUGAGAAAUAAGAAUGACAUUUCAUCCUGAUAACUGGCGUUGAAGUUGGCCGGGAGCUCCUGUCAUGCCAUCCUGUUAUUUUCGACCUCCUUUAACUUCAACAACCAAUUCUUUCCGAAUAUUUUUCAUCUUGAAAUGUAGAUUAUCAUUUAUUUAUGAAGAAAAGUCGAUUAUGAGAAGCUAGAAGGUCCUUUUAUCCUGUGAAAUGGACCGUGAAGUGGCCAUGUGCUCCUUUCAUCCCAUCCUGAUAUUUUCGACCACCUUUAACUUCAACAACCAAUUCGUUUCGAAUAUUUUUCAUCUCGAAAUGUAGAUUAUCGUUGAUUUAUGAAAAAAGCGAUUAUGAGAAAUUAAAAAAGGCCUUUCAUCCUGAUAAACUUGUUUUGAGGUUGACCAGGAGCUCUUGUCAUGCCAUCCUGAUAUUUUCGACCUCUUUAACUUCAACAACCAAUUCUUUCCGAAUAUUUUUCAUCUUGAAAUUAGAUUAUCAUUCAUUUAUGAAAAAAAGCGAUUAUGAGAAAUUAUAAGGCCUUUUAUCCUCAUAAACUGGCUUUGAAGUUGGCCGGGAGCUCCUUUCAUGCCAUCCUGUUAUUUUCGAACUCCUUUAACCUCAAAAACGAUUCUUUCCGAAUAUUUUUUAUCUUGAAAUGUAGAUUAUCAUUUAUUUACGAAGAAAAGCCGAUUAUGAGAAGUUAGCAGGACCUUUUAUCCUGUGAAAUUGACCGUGAAGUUGGCCGGGAGCUCCUGUCAUGCCAUCCUGUUAUUUUCGACCUCCUUUAACCUCAAAAACGAUUCUUUCCGAAUAUUUUUCAUCUUGAAAUGUAGAUUAUCAUUUAUUUAGGAAGAAAAGUAGAUUAUGAGACGUUAGAAGGUCCUUUUAUCCUGUGAAAUUGACCGUGAAGUUGGCCAGAUGCUCCUGUCAUCCCAACCUGAUAUUUUCGACCUCCGUUAACUUCAACAACCAAUUCUUUCCAAAUAUUUUUCAUCUUGAAAUGUAGAUUAUCAUUUGUUUAUGAAGAAAAGUAGAUUAUGAGACGUUAGAAGGUCCUUUUAUCCUGUGAAAUUGACCGUGAAGUUGGCCAGAUGCUCCUGUCAUCCCAUCCUGAUAUUUUCGACCUCCGUUAACUUCAACAACCAAUUCUUUCCGAAUAUUUUUCAUCUUGAAAUGUAGAUUAUCAUUCAUUUAAAAAAAAUGCGAUUAUGAGAAAUUAAAAAGGGCCUUUCAUCCUGAUGAACUGGCUUUGAGGUUGGCCAGGAGCUCUUGUCAUGCCAUCCUGAUAUUUUCCACCUCUUUCCUAUCCUCUCGUUCCCUAUUUUCACGCCAAGAUUUUAACCCUUUCACCCUGUAGGCUUUUAAAAAAUUGUCACAUGUUCAAAAAAAAAAAUUAAUUAAUUAAAAAAAAAAUGUAGGUGGGCGCAGGUAAGUGCCUUCAUCCCGCGUUCUCCUACGGUUGGGGGGCAAAAAUCUCGGGUAAAAUCCAACGAGGAUCGCAGAUAAUCCUGAGAUUAUUUGGAUUUCACCCUCCCCACCCCCAAAUUAUUAAAACAAAGAAAAAAGGAAAUAAAUGAUAUAACGUGCAAUAAGAAUAUUUGGUUUGUGUGCAUACACACAAAAAAAAAUAUAUUCCAAAGAGAACCCACUAUAUUAUAUAUAAAUAUUAAGCAAAAUGUAUUUAUAAAAAAAUAUGGAUAAAGCACUGCACUUUGUUGAUUACAAAAAAAGAAAUAAAGCGUGCCUGACUGGAAUUGUAGACAAAAUGGUUAUUAACUUAGUGUUAAAAAAAGGGAAAAAAAGAAAAAUAAUAAUAAGUUUUUAUAUAUAUAAAUAUAAAUAAAUAUAAUUAUAUAAUUAAUUAUUAAGAUUUGUUAGGCCUGGGAGUUCCUAGGGUUCUAAAAAAUAUGACAAUUUUUGUGAUUCAUCUUCUAGCUGUUGUUCAUUAUUGAUUAUUUUUUGAAAACAAAUUUUGUAGGUAUUUCAUUCUUCCCGUCGGACUGUGUAGACUCCCUUUUAGACAGAAGUUUUGAAAUUUUACCCCCUCCUUUUUUGGUCGGGGGUAGGCUGGAGUCUAUACCACGCCGCCCCCAACAAAUGAAUAAAAAAAACAUAUAUUGAAGCAUAUCGUGAUUUUGUGAUUUAUCGACAUUACGUGUAUGUUUUUUCG